UAACAAUUUGUCGUGGAAUCAUACCCAGCAACAUGAUCGCCAUCAAAUCAACAACCAUCCUCCUCCUGGUAGCCUGCGCCGCUGCGUACCCAUAUCCGUACCCCGACGAAUGGGAGCCCGAAGGCCACUCCCACACGGAACACACCAAGCCGUAUCACGUGACCGUUGUCAAGAAGAUCGGCGUACCGGUCCCGCAUCCGGUGGCUGUAUCGGUCCCGCAAUAUGUGAAGAUACCGAUACCGCACCCCUACCCUGUGCACGUCACUGUGGAACAGCCUAUUCAUGUCCCGGUUUAUAAGGUCGUGCCCCAAAUCGUAGAAAAGCCCGUGCCUUACACCGUGGAGAAGCCCGUGCCCUAUGAGGUCGAAAAGCCUUACCCCGUUGAGGUCGAAAAGAAGGUCGAGGUCCCCAUCCCCAAGCCCUACCCCGUCCACGUGCCGGUCUACAAACACAUCUACCACCACAAGGGAGGCAAGAAGCACUAAAGAAAAAAGAAAAAAAAAGCUUGUUCGACAAGCGUAUUUUUCAAAUUCAAAUAUCGAACAAAUUCAAAUUCGGAAAAGAAAAAAGUUUACAAUGUAAACUGUGUCUUUUACCGAUUAGUAUUGCCAUAUUUUGGCUUCAUGUAAAUAGCGUUCCAUUUUCAAAUGGUCCAUGCUUCAUGUGCAAUAAUAACGAAUUUCAAUACCGUUCUUUAUUGAUAGAUAGAUAGAUAUACGUUUAUUUGUUU